UAAUAUUUAAAGCGAACUCGGAACGACAGGACGAGCUGCAUCCGACAGUGGACCACUCCGCUUCCUCACCACAAUAAUCCUCUGCUAAAUUUGUGCACCCGUGCUUUAACAAAACUUGGAUUAGUUUGUUUAGUUACAAUUUUUUCCAAGAAUUUAAUAAUAUAAAAAAUGACGGUGCUAACGGGUCCCAGUUUUGCCGCAUAUGGCAGCGGUGGUUGGGCUCGUGGGCCCAGCAAUCAAACGGUGGUCGACAAAGUCCUACCGGAAAUGUUGCACCUAGUUGAUGCCCAUUGGUAUCAAUUCCCACCGAUGAAUCCACUGUGGCACGCAAUCCUUGGUUUUGUUAUUGGCUGCCUGGGUUGUGUUUCAGUUAUUGGAAACGGCAUGGUUGUCUUCAUCUUCACCUCGACUAAAAAUUUAAGGACACCCAGCAAUUUAUUGGUUGUCAAUCUUGCUUUUUCAGACUUUUUAAUGAUGUUCUGCAUGGCUCCACCUAUGGUAAUCAAUUGCUUUUAUGAAACAUGGGUCUUUGGUCCACUGAUGUGUCAAUUAUAUGCCUGUGCUGGUUCCCUGUUCGGAUGUACCUCCAUUUGGUCAAUGACAGCGAUUGCAUUUGACAGGUACAAUGUUAUUGUCAAGGGUUUAGCAGCCAAGCCAAUGACUAUUGGCGGAGCAUUACUACGAAUCUUGGGUAUCUGGCUGUUCUGUCUUGCAUGGACUAUCUUCCCACUUUUCGGAUGGAACAGAUACGUACCGGAAGGUAACAUGACUGCUUGUGGUACUGACUACAUCACCAAAGAUUGGUUCUCAAGAUCAUACAUCCUCGCGUACUCGGUGUUUGUUUACUACUUGCCACUUUUCCUCAUCAUCUACAGUUACUACUUUAUAAUCUCCGCUGUAACUGCUCAUGAGAAGAAUAUGCGAGAACAGGCCAAGAAAAUGAACGUCGCAUCGCUUCGAUCUCAGGAAAAUCAAAAUCAAAGCGCUGAGUGCAAACUUGCCAAGGUUGCAUUAACAACUAUUUCCCUGUGGUUUAUGGCCUGGACUCCAUACUUGGUAAUAAAUUACGCAGGAAUCUUUGAAACCAUAACUAUCAGUCCUCUUUUCACAAUCUGGGGAUCCGUAUUUGCUAAAGCCAAUGCUGUAUAUAAUCCAAUUGUCUAUGGUAUCAGUCACCCUAAAUACAGAGCAGCAUUAUUCGCAAGAUUCCCAUCAUUGGCUUGCGCUGAAAAAUCAUCUGACGGCGAUGCUGUUUCCACAACGACCACUACUACUGAAGGUGAAAAAGCCAACGCGUAAGCGCUGUUAAUUAAAUCGAGACAAUAAAAUAAAAAUGAGUCAUCAGUAAUUAAUUAUUAAAAGUCUCGAGAAUAAUUUAUAACAGUAAACGGAAUACUCGCAAGAAUAAACUCUUAAAGAGUUAUAAAAUUAAAAUAAUUUCGAUAUAAUAAUAUCUAUUGCAAGUAUCUGGCUCAUUUAAUUUAUUAAGAAUUGUAUAUAUUGUGUAAUUAUAUAUUUUAAAUAAAAAAAUGUAAGGUGAGUUGUGAUUUGUAUGAAGAAAUAGGAAGAAGUGCAGGUCAUCUUAAAUAAAUGAAAAAUGUGUUAAAAAAUUUCCGUACUUCUGGAGAUUCCGUUUAAUUUGUGAUAAAUUAGUAUAUAAAUUUAUAAUAAUUACAAAUUGGAUGAUCUGCGCUAUAUUCACCGGGCACCAGUGUAACCAAUUAUUUAUGUUGUUCAGCAGCUGUAAGAUUGAUAAAAAUAAGGAUUCAUAAAUCGUUUAGGGUUUACGAUUUUUUUUGCACCACAAUAAAAGUCGUUUAUUACCCAAGCGAUACGAUGAGUUUAGCUUAUUUUAUUAUUGUUAAUCUUAAUGUCUUCUGAAGAUUACGAACAUUUGAAGACGGUAAACCCUCACUAGUAUGUGGCUUCAUUGUAAGACUAUUUAAAUCAAUGUUCACCAGCACCACAUGUCUGAACAACUGGCAAUAUUGUAUCUGUCAUUAAUUUUUUAUUAUUAAAUAAACCCUUCAGGCAAAAUAA